AUGUCUGCUCGUUCAGCUCUCGCGGAGGAUCUUUUGCCACCGGACAGGCCCUAUGUCUCUAAUUGUCUUACCUUCACAAGCGUCCUCAAGACUAAGAAGGAAGUCGAUAAGUCCCUAGGUCUCUUGGCUGCGGAUAUACGCCGGGGUAUAAAUAAGCAUGGCACCCGCGAACAGAUCGAGGCCUUUCUAAGCAUGGUCCGGAAAAAUGCGUGGCCACUGGGGCCGAUGCCCGUAUUCUUCGGGAGACCCAACAUGCACCACAUCGGCUUCUCAAACUGGACCAAGGUCAAGACCUACAUGAUGGAUUUCUCUGCCGCAGCUGUGACCAAGAGCAAUACGCCUAUCCUCCCGUCAUUUGUCUCGCAGAUUCAGACCGGCAUACCUUAUCCUGAUGGGUUCCUGAUUACCGGCCAAGACUCUCAUGGCAACUAUUGGCUCGAGGGAUACCGGCCUGCUGGGCUGUGGGCACAUGUAGCAAAGGCUCUCGGGGAGGAAGUCUAA